UGCUGCUGGGACUGCUCGGGACCCGCCAUCAUUUAUGCUACAGCGCAGCGGCUGCUGGACUGGACGAGUGCAAUGGAAAUAUAAACAAAAACAAAAAUACGACCUCUUCGAGACAAACUCGCAUCGGUUUCUGUCUGCUGAUGUAAAGGAACGACCUUAAACAGGGACGCACAUCUGGUCGGAUGCUUAAAAAAAAAAAAAAAUCCACUGCGCUGCUUCCGCAGGAUCCAGGAGACUGCGCCCCUCGGAAGGCCUCCGAUGCCCGGCCUGAAAUCAGACGAGCUCCGGUCGGCCCGAUGCUUCCAGCAGCUGCUGCCCGCUCAGAGGGAACGCUCUCCGCCGCUCGUCACCGCAUCCGUCCGGCCAGCCAUCCGCGCAGCUUUGCUCCAGCUAAUCCGGUUCGCCCGCCAGCAUCUGAGGCGUUACAUAACGAGGAUGCUGCGAGGCUUCGCCACAGUCAAAACCCACGCAGCUGAACGCACUGCUCCCCAAACGGGCUGGCGUCACAACGCACGGCGGCUCGCCGGGAGGAAGGAUGGAGGGAGCAGGCGACCGGCCGCGCCCAGUAAAAACAGGCAUGGAGCUCGGAUCAGUGGUUAGUGCUGUAAGGAGCAACAGAGUGCUGCUUGGUAAUGAAGUGAGUCCAGCUGUCAUAAUAAUUAAAGACGGUAAAAUCCACCAAAUACUCUCUAGCUGCAACUUUACUGGGGAUGUUGGCUGUGAGGUGCUGGAUGUGGGGGACAGCGUGGUGAUGCCAGGCGUCGUAGACUGCCACGUUCACGUGAACGAGCCGGGCCGCACCUCAUGGGAGGGCUUCUGGACGGCCACCAGGGCCGCCGCGGCGGGAGGAGUGACCACCGUCGUGGACAUGCCCUUAAACAGCAUCCCUCCAACCACAACGCUCAGAAACUUUGAAGAGAAGCUGCAGGAAGUGACGGGGAAGUGCUUCGUGGACGUAGCCUUCUGGGGAGGAGUCGUUCCUGGAAAUCAGCGUGAACUUCGGCCCAUGAUCAAGGCAGGCGUUGCUGGGUUCAAGUGUUUCCUCAUCCACAGCGGUGUUGAUGAGUUUCCCCAUGUGGCUGAAUUCGACCUCCACACGGCCAUGAAGCAGCUCCAGGGAACAGGAAGCGUCCUGCUGUUUCACGCAGAAUUGGAUGUUCAGCCAACAACGGGGAACAACGCUGAUGAGUCAGACCCUUGCCAGUACGACACCUUUCUGCGGUCCCGGCCCGAUGUCAUGGAGGUAGAAGCUAUUCGGACCGUUGCAGAACUCUGUCUGCAGUACCGGGUGCGAUGCCACAUUGUUCACUUGUCAUCUGCAAAGGCCCUUAAGCUGAUCCAGAAAGCUCGGCAAGCUGGGGCCCCCCUAACGGUGGAGACCACCCAUCAUUACCUCAACCUGUGUGCAGAAACCAUUCCUGCGAGAGCCACACAGUUUAAGUGCUGCCCUCCCAUCCGAGGUUCUGCCAACCAGGAGCAGCUGUGGUCUGCGCUGAAAACUGGACAGAUUGACAUGGUGGUGUCUGACCACUCCCCCUGCACCCCCGAUCUUAAGAAACUGGAGAGCGGGGACUUCACGCAGGCAUGGGGAGGGAUUUCAUCGUUACAAUUUGGUUUGCCUUUGUUCUGGACUUCAGCCAGUAAGAGAGACUUUCAGCUGGCUGAUGUGGUGAGGCUCCUCAGCAGAAACACAGCCCACCUGAGCAGCCUGGGCAGCCUGAAGGGCAGCCUGGCCCCUGGCUUUGAUGCCGACUUGGUCAUUUGGGAUCCAGAGACGGGCUUUCAGAUCGAAGAAGCAAGCAUUCACCAUAAGAACAAGAUGACCCCGUACCUCGGCUCCACGCUGCAGGGAGUGGUGCGUGCGACUGUCCUGAGGGGCCGGCUGGUGUACAGAGAUGGCAGCUUCUGCCCUGAACCUCUGGGAAAGCAUCUCCUCAUCCCCCAGAGGACGGGUCAAGCACAACUGUAGCAAACACAGACAAUAAAAGCUCAGUCCAUUGGUCUGACUGGAAAU